AUGCAGAAAAAAUUAGCACCACUAAAGGAAGAAGUUAAAAGCGUGGAAAUUAAACGCCCUGAUGCAAGCCAUUCUUGGGGAAUAUGCUACGCUGUCCUACCCAAUGGUCCAGAGAUUCUCAAAGUAAUGAAUGAAAGUCCCGCAUAUGGACACCUUCGCAGCGGGCAGGUAAUAAAAUCUGUCAACGGACAAUCAGUUCUCGGUUUGAAGAGGGAGGAUAUUGCAGAACUCUUGAAUAUUGAUGAAGAAGUUGCUGUACUUGAAAUUAUUGAGUCUACUCCAAAUGAUGGAAAACCGGUUACCUUCGGAAGAGAAUAUGGCAGAAGUUCAGUCGAACCGGGGAAAAGGACCUAUCGGCGAAAUAGUGAAAUGUCCUUCAAUACACAAUACAAAAGAAGUAACGCCUGUGUCGCCAUGCCUACGAAUCUUCCGAACUGUCGAGAUGAAUUUGAACGUAUUCAUCGAGAGCGCAAGCGAUCCCGUCAACUGACAAUAAAAGAGUUAGAAAAUCUCCGAUUCAAACGUUCAGCAUCAGUGGAUGUUUUAGAAGGUGAACGUCAAAAGAGUUCAACAGGAGGCUCCCUGGUUCCAAGAGAAGACAUUUCAGGAAUUGACAGUCUUCAUUAUAGAGGUGUGCACAUUCCAUCACGAUCCUUCAGAGCUCUCGCCACGCUAAUGGGAAUGGAUCCGGAUGGAACAAAUGUGAACAAAAUUAGCACCAAACCAGCCGUAAAAGAACCUUGCCGAACUGUGAUAGAUGUCAGAGCGGCUGCCGAAAAGAUGAAGAACGAGACCCUUCGACGUACAUCUGUCGAAAGCAGUGGAUCUUUGCCCCCACAUCCCCCAGUCUCCCUGAAAGCCCUCUGA